AUGUGGGCGGUUUGCCGCCAUCAAUCUCUACGUGUGCGCCGCUUCCAUUCGAGCGUCUUCCUGGGUGCAUCGAGCGGCUACUUGUCGGACGUUUCGGUCGCCUCUCUGUCCAUCAGCCAACAGUCCAAAGAUGUGCUGACGCGCGACAUGGGCUACAAGUUCCUGACUCAUGUGCAGAAGGACACGCUGCCACUGGCACUGGAAGGUCGCGAUGUGCUGGCCAAGGGCAAGACCGGGAAUGGCAAAACGAUCGCUUUCUUGCUGCCAACUUUGGAGCGCAUGAUCCAGAAUCCACGACCGAAGCGUGGCCAGAUCUUGGCGCUAGUGAUCUCCCCGACUCGAGAACUGGCGCAACAGAUCGCAGUUGAAGCGGUGAAGCUCACGAGUGCCCAUUCACUACGCACGGCUUGCUUUGUGGGCGGAAGCUCUGUGAAUAAGGACGUGAAGGAGCUCAUGCACUCUGGAGGCAUUGAUGUGCUAGUAUCCACUCCUGGACGGCUGCAAGCGCAUCUGGAAGAGGACAGUGCACACAUCAGACAGAAGCUGGAUAACUUGCAAGUGCUGGUACUGGACGAAGCUGACCGUCUCCUGGAUAUGGGUUUUCGUCCCGACAUCAUGCGGAUCAUCAGCCGUUUACCGAAGGAAAGACAGACGCUCCUCUUCAGCGCGACGUUGCCGACUGCAACCGAGGAGCUCAAGAAUGUGGCGUUACGUGAUGACUUUACAUUCGUGAACACGAUUGAAGGAGACGAUCAGCAGACCAAUACGCAGACUGUGCAGGAGUAUGUCGUGUGUGACCUUCAAGACGUCAUUCCUAUGGUUGAGCGCAUACUAGACGAACACAUGAAGCUGCCGGCGUACAAGGUCAUUGUCUUUCUGCCUACUGCACGAGCGGCUCAGUUUAUGGCACAUCUUUUUCAGGCUGCGGGGUUUCCAAAUGUGCUGGAGAUGCAUUCGCGCAAGAGUCAAUCUGCACGCACGAAGGCUGCGGAUGCCUUUCGUAAGGGCCAGAAAGUGGUCAUGUUUUCAUCGGAUGUGUCGGCGCGGGGUGUUGACUACCCGGACGUUUCGCUGGUUCUGCAAGUCGGUCUUACAGAUCGUGACCAGUAUAUUCACCGUCUUGGACGAACCGCUCGUGCGGGGAUGGAAGGGCGUGGCAUUCUAGUGCUCGCCGACUUUGAAAAGUCGAUGCUUCGCGAGCUGGCUGACCUGCCGCUUUCCGAACUUGGACAGGAGUCUCAACUUGAUAUGCAGACCUUCCGAACCGCAAGUGCUCUUGCCAAUGUUCAUCCCCGCAGUGAGUUGGGAAAGUCGGCAGAGAAGGCUUAUGCAGCUUUCCUGGGGUUCUACAACUCAAAUCUCAAGAAGCUCCGCAUGUCGAAAACGGACCUGGUCGAGACGGGUGCACGGUACAGCCGGCUCAUUGGGCUAGAGGAGGUGCCAAAGCUCCAGAAGAAAACAUUGCGGGCGAUGGGGUUAAUGGAUACUCCAGGUCUUGUCGCUGCCUCUAAUGCGGCUGGAGCAGGAACAUUCAAGCCUAAAGGCACAGGAAGAGGACAACAGAAGAUCACUAGAGAGAAGCACGGUAGCGAAGAGAAGGGAAGCGAUCGAUCGCUCCUCACCCAAAAGAAGCAGAACAGCCAUGAAGAUAACGGACGCUCACGAAAAGCCUACAGUGGUGAUGCCACCCGUGGCGAGCAGGGUAGACGCAACAGUCGCAGCACUUCUCCAGGCAGCCGGGACGGAUCAAUCCAUCGACGUAAACGUUCCAGUAGCCUGACGGCCAAGCGAGACUACAAGGAAUCGUACCAGCGAUAG